UCUUUCAGAUUAUUGCAGAAAGUUUUUUUUUUAAAUAGCAGAAUCUUACAUAUUCUCCGGAACUUGUGUGUGUAAAGGAGUCCUUACAACGAUGGGGAAGAAAUUCAAAUCUGGCCCAAAGCUAAGUCCUCUAGAAGGACAGGAAAAAGUGGCGAACAAUGAAACCGCUAGCCGCAUGGGCAUUUCCAAGAAAUCAAAGAAAAUCAAAAAGCAGAAAAAUCGGGAGGAUUUGUCCAAAAUCAAGGACGUUGCCCUUGGAACGGAAGCGAUUGUUGAACAUGCAGUGAUGAAGAAAACGAAGAAGGCCAAAAAACACAAGACUCCACCGGUGGAUGAGACUUCUGCUGAACGCAAACCUGGAGCCGAAGUCAAUGGAAAUGGAAGCGAAGCUGCUGUCUCGAAGAAAUCCAAGAAGGAUAAGCUCAAGGCUCCUGAGGUGAAGUCGGAGCACAGCGAGCAGGAGCCGAAGAAGAAACACAAGAAAAAGAAGCUUUCGGUUGAAGAAGAAGGCUUCGCUGGUGAAAAAAGAGCUGAUGUUGUUUUGGAAAAAUCCAAGAAGAAGAAGCGUAAGGCUCCAGAAGUCGAAACUGAAGUGAUGGAUGAUAAGCCGAAGAAGCACAAGAAAAAUAAGGUUACUGUAACGGAUAAACCCGAUGAUAGCGCUGAAGUAAAUGGAACCACAGUGGCUGUAUCCAAGAAGGAAAAACGCAAUGCUCCUGUAGUCAAAACUGAAGUCCAUGGAGAUAAACCACAAAAGAAGCACAAGAAAAAGAACAAACAGAAGAAUCAGCUUAAUGGAACGAAGUCGGAAUCCCAGCCAAGCGUAACGGAACCGAAAAUCAAGGUUAAACACAACAAACAUGAAGGGAAGGUCAUUGAAGCGGAUAAGGAUGUGGUCACUUCGGAAAGCGAAUCUGAAGAUGAACAGAACGAUGCUUCCAAUGAUAUGGAUCAAGUCAAUCAAAGAAUUUUGAACCAACACUCGAAAGCAGACGACGACAAAUCUUCCGGAGAUGAGCAGGCUGACAAGAAGGCUAAGGAUAAAAAAGUCAACGAAAAAAAGAAGGAAAAGCGUUUCACCGGUCCUGAACACUCAAUUUUCAUCGGUAACCUUCCGAAUACGGUGAAGAAAUCUACGAUGAAAGUCAUGUUCAAACAGUACGGCCAGAUACUGACCAUCCGGUUCCGUUCGAGUGAUGGUGUUACUUUGUUCAAGAAGAAAGAUCGAAAGGAGGCAAAGGCUCUGAACUGUUACAUUAGAUUCGAGACCAGGAAGGAAGCAGAGGCAGCUUGUGUCACGAAUGGUCAACUUGUUGAGGGUAACCGCAUUCGAGUGACGAUGCACACGCAGAAACAGAUGGGACACGCGGCAUCGACAAUUUUCGUUGGGAACAUCAACCACAAAACUACCGACAACGAACUGUACGAUUUCUUCAGUCGCGUGGGUGAACUCGAGUAUGUGCGACAAAUUGCAGACAAGGGAAUUGGAUAUGUGUGCUUCAAGAAGGGAGUAUCGAUCGCCAAAGCACUGAAGCUAAACCAACAACUGCUGAACGGACGCCCUCUGCGCAUAGUGAAAGUUGAUCCCACCAAACAAGGAAAGCGUAAGAAUAAGAAAGGUAAUCUAGUCGACAAGGCAAAAUUCUCCCGCCCGGGUGGUCCAACGAGCCAACCUGUGAACGAAACGAAUCAGCAACAAGGCGAUCAGAAGCAGAAACCACCGGUACGGGAGUUCCAUGGAGCCGUUGCCAAAACCAAGUCGGACAAUAAACACAAGCAGAAAAAGAAGGGAGGAUCGGACAAGAAGAAGAAACUUCUGGCCCAGAAGCUGACUGCUGCUGGGGCAAGCCGAAAGAAGUAGAGUAAGGUUGAAAUUGAACUGACGAUGUGCUAAUGUAUUUUUAUUA